AUAAUUUUGAUAAAUCACCUGCAUACUCCGUUAGCUUAUGAAUCAUUUAUGUCAAUUACAGUUUAAAUAGAUAGCGUCGUGCCUUAUUACCUCUAGUUAUGUCUGCUGCAGAUGCCAAAAAACAGAAAAUGGCCAACACUUUGGAUCAAUUGAAAGAAAAAACAGUCGUUGUUGCAGACACUGGCGAUAUUCAAGCAAUAUCUCGAUACCUUCCGACUGAUGCGACCACAAAUCCAUCUUUGCUGCUUGCAGCUUCUCAGAUGCCAGAAUACAGUGAAUUAAUUGAAGACGCAAUAAGCUUUGGUGAAAAAAAUGGAAACACUGCAGAUGAAAAAGUCACCCAUGCCAUUGACAAAUUGUUUGUUAAUUUUGGGGCAAAAAUUUUGAAAAUUGUUCCUGGAAGAGUUUCUACAGAAGUGGAUGCCAGGCUAUCGUUUGAUGUUGAUGCAUCUGUAGCAAAGGCACAUCGCUUUAUUGAAUUGUAUGAACAACAGGGGAUAUCAAAAGAUAGAAUUCUCAUCAAACUUGGUACUACAUGGGAGGGAGUACAAGCCGCCAAAAUACUCGAAAGUGAAGGAAUUCACUGCAACAUGACAUUGUUGUUUUCAUUUGCACAGGCUGUAGCAUGUGCAGAAGCGGGUGUUACAUUAAUUUCACCUUUUGUUGGAAGAAUAUACGAUUGGUAUGUGAAGAGCACCGGACAGAAAGAGUAUGGACUUCAUGAUGACCCAGGAGUACAAAGUGUGACAAAGAUUUACAAUCAUUACAAAAAGUUUGGAUAUAAGACCGUUGUCAUGGGAGCUUCAUUUAGGAAUACAAAACAAAUCAAAGCUCUCGCUGGAUGUGAUUUGCUUACAAUCUCACCGAAAUUACUUGAACAACUUCAAUCUGAUGAUGACAAGCUAGAAACGCAAUUAUCAGCUGAAGUGGCACAAAGCCAGAAACUGGAAAAAGUUACCUUGACAGAAGCCCAAUUCCGAUACAUGCAUAAUGAAGACCCGAUGGCAGUUGAAAAAUUAGCUGAAGGAAUUAGAAAAUUCGCUGCUGAUUCUAUCAAACUUGAAAAAAUGUUAAGGGAAAAGAUGCAAGAAACUAAUGGAGCUUCUUGAACCAACAAAGUGAAACCUUACCUUCAAGUAUUCUUACCCUGUUACCAACUUCAUCUCAACCAUGCAUGGCCAAAGCAUAAUCACACUUUUUUAAAACUCUGGUUGAUAAGUUGGAUUUAGUUUUGUAGACAUAUUAAUUCGAGAUUCAAUUACAUAAUCAUGCUUAUCAUAAAUUUGAUAGUUGCAAUAAAGCUGUAAUUUCAUUA